AUGGCCGAACACGAGAUGCAAGCAGCUGAGCUGCACGAGCUCGCGGUGGAACGCGGUGUCGCAGAGAAAAGAAAAGGAUCGGUCGACCCUGAAAAGGUAAACCUCGACUUGGGAUUUGCGAAUCCAGCACCAGAUCGCAAGAUGGAAGUGGCGCUUCAAGAAUCCGAUACCGAAACUCCCGAUGAUGAGGAGCCAAAUGACUACGAGAAGCAGAAGUUGCGACGAGUCGGAGAGUCUCUACCACGUUCAGCGUGGCUCAUUGCCAUCGUCGAACUUUGUGAACGUUUCACCUACUAUGGAUGUCAAGGUCUUUUCCAAAAUUACAUUCAGAGACCUCUGGAUGGAUCUCUUGGUCGUGGCGCACUUGGCCAGGGUCAUCAAACUGCCACUGCUCUGACCACUUUCUUCAGUUUCUGGUGUUAUGUCACCCCAAUUUUUGGUGCCAUCCUCGCUGAUCAGUAUAUUGGAAAAUACUGGGCAAUCGUAGCAUCGUGCGGUGUCUACAUUGUCGGUUUGCUCAUUCUCCUCCUCACCUCCCUCCCAGUCUCUCUGGAACAUGGUGCUGGUCUCGGUGGUUUCAUCGCAGCAAUUCUCAUUAUCGGUCUCGGAACGGGAGGUAUCAAAUCCAACGUCUCUCCCCUCAUCGCCGAUCAAUACACCAGAAAGCGAAUGGCCGUCAAGACUCUCCCAUCCGGUGAGCGCAUCAUCCUUGAUCCUGCCGUCACCAUCCAACGUAUCUACAUGGUCUUCUACUGCUGUAUCAACAUUGGUGCGCUCUCUCUUCUGGCCACCCCAUACAUGGAGCGUGAUGUUGGUUUCUGGUCUGCAUUCCUUCUUUGCGUAUGCAUGUUCACGGUCGGUACCACGAUCGUCAUUCUCGGUCGCAAAUUCUACGUCGUUCGACCACCACAAGGUUCCGUCAUCACCAACGCCUUCCGUGCGCUCUGGAUCAUGAUCAAGAACCGAAACAUGGAUGCACCAAAACCUUCUUACCAGGAGGAACUCGGAAAUGCACGCCGCGUAUAUGCUUGGGAUGAUCAAUUCAUCGACGAAUUGAAGCGUGCUCUGGUUGCUUGCCGUGUUUUCGUCUUCUACCCAAUUUACUGGGUCGUCUACGGUCAAUUCUCUGGCAACUUCGUCUCCCAAGCCGGUCAAAUGGCCGGUCACGGUAUCCCCAACGAUUUGAUGCAAAACUUCGAUCCAAUCGCCAUUCUCUUCUUCGCCCCAAUCCUCGAUCGUCUCGUCUACCCCAUGCUCCAAAAAUACCACAUCCCAUUCCGUCCCAUCACCCGUAUCGCUUUCGGAUUCUUCGUCGCUUCCAUGUCCAUGCUUUACGCCGCUGUUCUCCAACACUACAUCUACCAAGCCGGACCAUGCUACGGCCAUCCUCUCUGCGACGCCUCCGUCGUCGACGGCGUCGCCCAGGGAAAUAACAUCCACAUCGCCAUCCAAACCCCCGCCUACAUGCUCAUCGGUAUCUCCGAGAUCUUCGCCUCCGUCACCGGUCUCGAAUACGCAUACAUGAAAGCCCCACCCUCCAUGAAAUCUUUCGUCCAAGCCAUGUACCUCCUCACCAACGCCUUUGGCUCCGCCAUCAGCGAAGCCUUCAUCUCGCUCGUCGGCGAUCCAGAGGUCAUGUGGCUCUUCACGGGGUUGUGCGCGGGUUCGUUCGCGACCGGUGUUAUCUUCUGGCUGCUGUUCCAUCAUCUGGAUGCCCAGGAGGAUGAGAUGAAUGUGCUCGAUGCGAAACAUGAUGAGUUGGAGAACAAGAAGGCGCUUGCUAAUGCGAGGGUCGGUAAUGAGGGGACGGCGGAGGCGGCGAGGAUAUAA